CUGGCGUUCUCGCGCCGGGGCUAUAUAGAGCCCCGAGCGGUGCGAACAUGCUCACUUAGCGGGCGCUGCGCGGAGCCCUUGGCGUAGGCGCGAGGUAAAGUCUGCAGGUAGGGCUGGGGAAGGACGCGUGGAAGAGCGGCAGUGGCGCUCCAAGCAGCCGCCUCUUAAGACUCCUUCGGUACUCUAGCUGAGGCAGGCAAGGUGGUCGCAGCGCGCGUCCUUUUUAUAGGGGAGCCCAGUAGUGCGCGAGCGGAUGAGGCAGGACGAAGGGAAACCCUUUUAUCCGAACUUGUACUUUGCUCCCUUACUUUGCCGACUUCCCGCGUCGACUCGCCGAGUGUAGGUUUGGCUUCUCCUGCAGGAGAGGCAAGGUGGCCGUUAGGUAACAGAGCUUGUGUUCGCCACACAAAACAACCGCUGAGUCAGAGGCGGGGAGGAGUUGCACUCUACAGGUCUGUCCCGGCCAGCCAGGUGUCUUUAGAAAGUGUCCAAAGAGUGUGUGUGUGUGUGUGUGUGUGUGUGUGUGUGUGUGUGUGUGUGUGUGAGAGAGAGAGAGAGAGAGAGAGAAACUCUUGCUUGCCUCUCUGAAGAGUGGUAGCCACUCUCCCGAAUUGCUCGGGGCAAGGUGCGCGAGAACAGGGGCUCUUCCUGCUCUGAGCUGGCACGCUGCUUUUGACUUGUCGAGCCGGUGCCCAAGUCCUGUGCGGGGAACCCAGCGCCCUCACGCCCUCGCCAGACGGGGCUCCCCGAAUCCUCCGAGGCUUCUCCGGCUCGGCAGCCAUGAACAUCAUCCUGGAAUUCUUCGUGGUCACCUUCAAGGUCCUCUGGGCGUUCGUGGUGGCCGCCGCCAAAUGGCUCAUGCGCCCCAAGGAGAAGAGCGUGGCCGGGCAGGUGUGCCUGAUUACCGGCGCCGGCAGCGGGCUGGGUCGGCUCUUUGCUCUGGAGUUCGCCCGCCGCCGAGCACGCUUGGUCCUGUGGGACAUCAACACGCAGAGCAACGAGGAUACGGCGGGCAUGGUGCGGCACAUCUACCGGGAGAUCUCGGAAGAAGCCGUGGUCGCGGCUCAGAAAGCUGGGCAUGGUGAAGAGGAAGUGCUACCUCCCCACAACUUACAAGUUCAUACAUACACUUGUGAUGUGAGCAACAGAGAGAAUGUGUACAAGACUGCUGAGAGAGUCUGCAAGGAGGUUGGUGAAGUCUCAGUCCUCGUGAACAAUGCUGGUGUUGUUUCCGGUCACCAUCUUCUGGAAUGUCCUGAUGAGCUUAUUGAAAGGACCAUGAUGGUUAAUUGCCACGCACAUUUUUGGACCACUAAAGCAUUCCUUCCCAAAAUGCUGGAACUGAACCAUGGACACAUUGUCACUGUUGCAAGUUCUCUUGGCCUCUUUAGUACUGCUGGAGUAGAGGAUUAUUGUGCCAGUAAAUUUGGAGCAGUGGGGUUUCAUGAAUCCCUGAGCCAUGAACUAAAGGCUGCUGAAAAAGAGGGCAUUAAAACAACACUGGUUUGCCCUUACCUUGUAGAUACAGGAAUGUUCAGAGGCUGCAGAAUUAGAAAAGAAAUAGAGCCAUUCCUUCCACCUUUGAAACCAGAUUACUGUGUAAAGCAAGCUAUGAGAGCUAUACUAACAGAUCAACCUAUGAUUUGCACACCUCGUUUGAUGUAUAUGGUUACCUUCAUGAAAAGCAUCUUACCUUUUGAAGCAGUUGUGUGCAUGUACCGGUUUUUGGGAGCAGACAAGUGUAUGUAUCCUUUCAUUGCUCAACGAAAACAGGCCACAAAUAACAAUGAAGCAAAGAAUGAAAUAUAACAUUUUAUAAAGGACUGUUAUUUGUAACAGAAUUAUUAUCAAAUGCUAGAACUGUAUUCUGGAGUGCACUUGCAUUUAGCAGGAGCAACUGUUAACAUUUUAUCAUGACAUUCUCUUGGAUCCUAUACCUGAAUAGUGAACAGGAAAAACAUUUUUUUUAAAGUAUUGUAUGUAAAGUAAUCAGAAUUUCUGAGAACCAUGAGAGGCAAAUUUAUAAAAAGUAGUGAACACCCUUGUUCUUUUGAAAUUUUAUUAGAUGUACAGUAAUAUGCUACUCUUUUUAUAGAGAGAAACUUUGUAUGAUUUCUCUUAAGAUGGUCAUGCAAUUAGACGAUUCAAUUGUUUCAUCAAUUGUUCAUUUUCUUGUGAUGUUUUCAUGGGUUGUCAUUUACAUUAUGUAAUGUAGCAGGGGCAGUGCUUCAGAAGCUCACUCAGUCUGUGUGUGAUAAAUACAUUUUAAUUACUUUUUAUUUUUCAGUAUUGCAUAUAUUGAACCUAAAUAUGUCUUCAUUAAGAGGAAGUUUGGAAUGCUUUCAGAAUGGAAAGUCAUAAUCCAUACCAUUUCUUCCUGUUAAAUAAUAAUAUAUGGCUUGCAUUUAAAAUCAACCACUCUAAAAGCCAACUUUAAUGGAAUUGGAUGGGCAAAGAAAUAAAUAGCUAAAUAGUCUUUCUAGACCAGGGGUCUCCAACCUUGGCAACUUUCAGACUUGUGGACUUCAACUCCCAGAAUUCUGGGAGUUGAAGUCCGCCAGGCUUAAAGUUGCCAGGGUUGGAGGCCCCUGUUCUAGACUAUAUAGUGAAAUCCAUUUCCCUAUCAUUGAUUACUGUCCAAUAACCCAUGUUUUUGCUUAAAAUUCAAAAGCAAAUUGAGUUAAGAAAAAAAUAAAUAAUGGUCCUCCUGCCAAUUGUCACAUUAAAGUUACAUAAACAAAAUGUAAUAUUAUUAGAUGCAACUUGAACAUUAGAAAGACUGUAAACAUUUUUUGAAAUUGCAUUAUAGAGCAGAAAACAUUUUUUACCUUUUUUUGUAAGAACAAUUUUGUGCCUUGAAUUUGGUGAACUGUUUUAGUAGAAUAUUGUAAAGGUGAACUUCUACCUCUAUAUCUAAAUGUAUAUCAUUCAUUUGUAAAUUUGUUUAAGAAAUUGUGACUUUUUUUUAGAAUGUCAUGUUAAAUACUGACCAACUUUUGUGGUUAUUAAAAUUAUCCACUUGUUCUUUAAUACAUAA